CGAUAAACCAAUCCUGCGCACGAUAGCUCAUUUCCCAGAGGAAAGGUUAUCCUCCUCCCCUUCAUGCGCUCUACUCCCCCCUUCCCCAAAAUCUCUCCCCGCCAUUUUCCCACUCUUUCACCUCCAAUUUUUUGACCGUUGAUUUCCCAUAUUUUCCAGCUCCCCAGCUUCAAAUCAAAUCUAUAGGUGAUUCAUUUUGGAGCUAAAUGGUAUCCCGACAUUGUAUUUAUUCAUAUCUACAUAGACUACAUUCAUUGGAGGAUGAUACAUUUUAGGCUCCAAAGAGCUUUCUGCCUUUCUGAAUGAAUGAUGCAAGAAAUGACUAAAACUGGAAAUCAGGAUAUAGAAUCCUCUGAGAAUGACACAGAUCUGUCGCAGGACAUCAUUGGGUCUGUAGAGGAAAUACCGGAGGAUACUAUAUUGUCACGGCAAACAUCUGUCAACUUGGUUCCAUUUGUCGGGCAGAGAUUUGUUUCCCAAGAUGCUGCCUAUGAAUUUUAUUGCAGCUUUUCCAAACAGUGUGGCUUUUCAAUCAGGCGCCACCGCACCAGAGGAAAAGAUGGGGUGGGUCGGGGAGUCACGCGAAGGGAUUUUACCUGCCAUCGUGGUGGACAUCCACAGGCAAAGCCUACAGAGGAAGGGAAGUUACAAAGGAAUAGGAAAUCAUCACGAUGUGGUUGUCAAGCAUACAUGAGAAUUGUGAAACGGUCAGAUUUUGAUGUCCCUGAAUGGCGUGUCACGGGAUUUUGUAACAAUCACAAUCACGAACUUCUUAAAUCAAUUGAAGUUCAUAUCCUUCCAUCUCAAUGCACCAUAUCUGCUGAUGACAAAAGUCGGAUUUGCUUGUUUGCAAAAGCUGGAAUGUCAGCCCGCCAGAUGUUGAGAUUAAUGGAGAUUGAGAAAGGUGUUAAACUAGGUUGCUUACCAUACACCGAACUAGAUAUCAGAAAUCUGCUACAGUCUUUCAGACACGUUGAUAGAGAUAACGAUGCUAUUGACCUCGUCAACAUGUGUAAGAGAUUAAAAGAUGAAAAUUCUGAUUUCAAGUAUGAUUUCAAAUUAGAUGGUCAUAAUAGAUUAGAGCAUAUUGCGUGGUCAUACCCUUCAUCCAUCCAGAAGUAUGAAGCCUUUGGGGAUGCGAUAGUUCUGAACACUACUCAUCGUCUGGAUGCUUAUGAUAUGCUUCUAGGCCUUUGGAUUGGAGUUGAUAAUCAUGGAAUGGCUUGUCUUCACAGCUGUGUACUUUUGCGAGAUGAAAACCUGCUGUCCUAUACAUGGGCACUGAAGACGUUCUUAUGCUUUAUGAAAGGGAAAGCACCACAAACAAUACUGACUGACCAGAAUAUGUGGCUCAAAGAGGCAAUAUCUUGUGAAAUGCCCGACACGAAACAUGCAUUCUCUAUAUGGCAUAUCAUGGCCAACUUGUCAGACUGGUUUUCUUUGCCACUUGGGUCUCAUUAUGAUGGCUGGAAGACUGAAUUUUAUCGUCUUUAUAGCUUGGAAGUGGUUGAUGAAUUUGAAGCUGGAUGGAAGGAGAUGGUUGAUAGAUAUGGACUGCAGUCAAAUAAACACACCAUCUGCCUUUAUGCAUUACGGCACUUUUGGGCUCUUUCCUACUUGAGACACUACUUCUUUGCUGGACUUAUGAGUAGAUCUGUGACAGACUCCGUUAAUGCUUUCAUUCAAAGAAUAUUAAGUGCACAAUCUAAACUUGACUGUUUUAUUGAUGAAGUAGCUAGUAUUGCAGAGUACAACGACAAUAGUGGCUCAAAGCUGAAGAUGCAGCAAAAAGUUCAGAAAGUCUCUUUGAAAACAGGUUCCCCAGUGGAGUCGCAUGCUGCUACUGUUUUAACACCGUUUGCCUUUUCUCUCCUCCAAGAGCAGCUCGUUUUGGCCCCUCAAUAUGCCUCCGUUAUGGUUGAUAAAGGUUGCUUCCAUAUCAGACACCACACAGAGAUGGAUGGAGGAUGCAAAGUGAUGUGGGACCCUAGUCAAGAACUCAUCCAUUGUAGUUGCCAUCAGUUCGAGUAUUCAGGCAUCAUUUGUCGUCAUAUUCUCCGUGUUCUCUCAACAAAUAACUGUUUUCACAUCCCAGACACUUAUCUUCCGUUGAGAUGGAACCUUGUAUCAAAAGAGAACAUUGAAAAAGACCGAAUGGAGCAAGUCAAAAUCCUGGAAUCCUUGGCUUCCACAAUUGUGUCAGAAUCUGUGAUAACUGAGGAACGUCUGACUUUUGCCUGUGAGCAAAUGUCAAUGGUAUUGUCCCACGUCAAACAACUCCCUAGGUUGAACGAUCAUCAUCAUCACCAACAUCAACAUGCAAAUGAGAUUGGAUUCAACAGCCCAUCUGGUCCAUUGAUUAUACCAGAAGGUCCUGAUUCUGAAGGUAUUGUUCAGAGUUUUACUCUUGGAAAUCUUCACGAGGCAAACUUGGGCAAGUUGAAAGAACAAAACCCAAAUUCUGGGAUUGAUUAUAUUAUGUCUAAAAAGAGAAGGCGUUGUUCUACUCCUUGCUGUGGACAAUAUCCACAUAAUGCAUGUGAAUGUCGAACUGGAAGUAACUUACAUGCAGAUAGAGAUGCAUCAGGCUUCUUGUAAAUUAGGGUCUUAAGAGCAAGUUUCUGAUUGGAAAAUAUUUAUCAAAGUAAAUGUAUAUAGAGAUGUGCUCAUCUUUUAUGGUCUAUCCUUGAGCUGAUAGAAACCUGUUCGGCUUUAAAAUGUGUCCCGAUUCCUUUGGGUGUGUGUGGUGGCUGAAAUACAGUCUAAAUUUAGGUUCCCUCGGCUCAAUUACGGGGUUAUACACCUUUUUUUUGGUCUGGAAAUUUCAGAUUGUCCUGAAACUCUCUGAGCUUUAGUCAAUUCUAUGAUUGGAUCAGUAAUGCCUAUGCCCCUUUUCA